GUCUGUGGUCUGCGCGAAGUGGACCCCGCGGUGAGGAGAUAGGCCUCCAGGGGCAAGGGGACUGCGCCAUGUGGGCACCCACUGUACGGGUGGAAGAGGACAAACGGGGCCCACCUGUAUGCGCCUCCCGAAGGGCGUUCCUUCCCCGAAGGUUUUGGGAUCCCACAGGACAGGAAAUACGGUGCUUGAGGAACAGAAGAGGAAUGCUGGCAAUUCAGUGUAAACACAGGCCCGCAGUCUCUGUCCAAUUGAAACGUAUGAGGUUGAGUCCUCAACUGAAAGUUGACCAGGCAGCCGCGUCCCACAACAAGGGCGUACAACGGAAUUGAGUUUUCUCGCGUCCCCGAACUUGACUCUGAGGAAAGCGGAUUAAGGAAGGAGUUAACUGACAUUUUUAGAAAGGCAGAAAGAAAAAAGACGUCCUUCAGUAAACAACAGAGCUCUCCUUUACAAAUGCUGGUUUGGCAGGGUGGAAAAUCCAAACUGACUUCGAUACUCUCAAUUUUCCCUCUCCGCACCGCCACCGAAUCAGAGUCAAAACGGAGUCCUGAAGUCCUCUACGCGCGCCUCAGAAUGACCCCUCCGAGGAGCAGUAGGGGUGAUGUCAUCGCAGCGCGACAACAGGAAGUAAGCUGGGUGGCUGUGCCGCGCGCGGUCUCGAGCUCCUGAGUCUGACAGCACCGCGAUCUCUUCUCCCCUUCUCGCCGCGAUGGAUAAUGCCUGCGAGUCGCUCACGGAAAAAGGUGGAGAGACAGGGGAGUCAGAUGAGACUGCCGCUGCUCCCGGGGGGCCCGGGGCUACUGACAUGGACGGAAUCCCGGAGGAAACUGACGGGGACGGAGAUGGGGACUUGAAAGAAGCAGCAGCUGAGGAAGGCGAGCUCAAGAGUCAGGACAUCUCAGAUUUAACAGCUGUUGAAAGGGAAGACUCAUCGUUACUUACUCCUGCAGCCAAAAAACUGAAAAUAGAUGCCAAAGAAAAGAAAGAGAAGAAGCAGAAAGUGGAUGAAGAUGAGAUUCAAAAGAUGCAAAUCCUGGUUUCUUCUUUUUCUGAGGAGCAGCUGAACCGUUAUGAAAUGUAUCGCCGGUCAGCUUUCCCUAAGGCAGCCAUUAAAAGGCUGAUCCAGUCCAUCACUGGCACCUCUGUGUCUCAGAAUGUUGUUAUUGCUAUGUCUGGUAUUUCCAAGGUUUUCGUCGGGGAGGUGGUAGAAGAAGCACUGGAUGUAUGUGAGAAGUGGGGAGAAAUGCCACCACUACAACCUAAACAUAUGAGGGAGGCUGUACGGAGGUUAAAGUCAAAGGGGCAAAUCCCCAACUCGAAGCACAAAAAAAUCAUCUUCUUCUAGACCAAAGCCCAGAAAGGCCUGGUACUGAAGGAAGAAGUACUGGUUCCAGACUUCUAUUGCAUGAGACUUUCUGCACUGGUGCUUUAGUAUCUCAGUCCUCCAAGGAUUCCAUGAUGAUUUUAAUUCCUUCUCAAAACUCUGAUAUUCAUCGUACCUAGAAGAAGGCAUGUAGCCUGUUUCAUAUUUGCCUUGACUAAAUAUUGGGACCUCUUUAAGGCAUUUUGAAGCGUUUAACUGUUUCUUGGCUAGUUGGAAGAAGAAAGGUACAUGGGCCCUAAGCAUCUUCUAAACAGGGGAGCUGCUUUCAGCAAGAAAACUUUUCCAAGAGAGCUUUGACAGCUUCACAUUGAAGCCUGAAGUUGCUAGGACUUCAGUUGUUGCUUACAUCUGGUUUUAAGUGGAUGAAACAACCAGAAACUUUUGCUUGUGAUUCUCUACCAUGAAGGACACAAUGACAGCAGGAGGUGGAAUAGUUUGUCCUUGUAAACAUUUAAGAUUCUCCUCUGGAUUUUGGCGAGUGAUCAUUAAACUGUUUUCCAACUUGCCA